AUGGACAAGUUCUACGUGCCAAUGAACUUGAGUGGCCACAAGGGCCAGACCACCCCUGCUCAACAACCAGGACAACAGCAGCACGGUUACACCCCUCAGCAGCCAAACCAAAACCAACCGCAACAACAAUACCAGAACCAGUACCAACAGACUGCUCAGGAUGCAUACCACCAGCAGUACCAGCAGUACCAGCAGUACCAGCAAUACCAGCAAUACUACCAACAACCUCAGCAGCAAUUCCAAUCAACACCCAACGCUGCUUCUACUGCUGCUGCCGCUGCAGCUCCCGUGCCUUCGAUCCUCCCACCUUCCUAUAGCACCCCCUUGCCACCAUCCUACAAUACGCCUCUGCCUCCAUCAAAGUCGAACCAGAACCAAAAUGGAAACAGGCGUCAACCCAACAACAACCAACACAACCGUGGAAACAACCAGAGCCAGAUCAACAAUAAUGCAGGAUACAACCCACUCUCACAAUAUCAAGCCCAAUACCAGUCUUCGACACAAAUGGGUGCUGCUGCCGCCUCUGCAGCCGCCGCGGCUCUUUCUGCGUUUGUGUACAACCCCCCCGGAUCGACUGCGGGACCCUCUGCAACCACGACGACGCCAUCUGCACCAGUUGGCAACAAUAUGAACGGAGUCAUGCCAUUUCAACAACCGACAGCAGUUACUACGCCUCUUACCAACGUGCCAAGUGCAUCUCAAGCAGAUUGGUUCUCGAACUACCAGGCUCCGACUAUUCAGCAGAGGAUGGCUGUCACAAUGGCGACUAAUGCGGCGAACUUGACUGGUGGCGGAAUGGGUGGUGGACAGCCACAUCACUACGGAAACACUAAUGGGCAACCAACACGGGGCAACUUUCAACGGGGCGGACACCAACAACAGCAACAACGAGGUGGGCGGAAUCAGCGGGGGAAAAAACAACAGCAGCAAGGAGGGAUGCCCAGACAAAAUCAGAACCCUAACCAGAACCAACAAAACAAGCAACAUCAACAAAACAAGGGAUCGGGGGCAACAGGGUCCUCAACAGCCAGCAGAGACGCGGAGAUGGAGUCUUCUGGAUUCCACUGCGAUUCCUGUGAUGUGACGUUCCACGAGGAGGCGAAACUCAAGACCCAUAUCGCUGCACAUAGAUCCUGUCCAGAUUGUCAGUACAAGGCGUCACCAAGUCUCGUGAGCGAACAUCGGAAAGUUACCCAUGGAGCAACAGGAUCUUCAGAACCUGCGACAUUGUCGAGUAUGAUGUCGUCGUCAUCAUCCCCGGCUUCAGGAUGGACCGCCUCUGCUGGGGCAGGAGCCGGUGCGGAGCAGGGCAAGCCUCAAAAGUCCAAACCUGCGGCUGUGGACCAUGAUCUCCUCCACCCUCUUGCACCAACUUUGAAUACCCCCGAGGACAUUGCUGCAUGGAUCGCUCAGCGCCGAAAGGCAUGGCCCACCCAAUCCAACAUCCAAAAGAAGGAACAAGAGAGACAGGAGAUGAUUGCGAAGGGUCAGAUCGUGGAAGAUACAUCUAGCAAAGACAAGUACGGCAAGGAUCGACGAGGAAACAACAACAACAAUAAGCGUGGCCAGGGCAAGGGUGCAGCUGCACAAGAUCGUCAAGGAAAGCGACCCAAGGCUGAACACGCCAGCUCUGCAGCAAACGUGCCUGGAUCGACAGAACCCAGUGAGGAAGAUGAUGACGACGAUGUUAUGGACCCUGUGAAGGACGCAGUGACCUCCAAGGACCCUCGGGCAGGCAAUAGGAGCAACCGUGCUCACGACGAAAACUUGGCCCAAACGGUGCGGGCAAAGACCUCCUGCCGGUACUUUAUCCGCGGCACAUGUAACCGUGGCGAUAAGUGCCCUUACAUCCAUGACACUGCCCAAGCGGCCAAAGCACAGAAGAACAACCAGGCAUCCAACAAGAAAGACGAAUUCCGGAACAGGCCUUCACUGUUGAAAAUGUUACUGUCUGGAGAGAUUAAGAACGAAAAGAACAAGUUGUUGGAGGCCAUGAGAUACAUCAUUGGAAACAACUUUUUCGAUAAACAGGAGCCCUCAGGUGCCCUGGUUGAGGAGGUUGCUAUGGAGUCAUGA